AUGGAUAACAGAAAUUCCAAAGAAUUAACUACUAGUCGUUCGCAAAGAAAAAUGUCUGAACAGGAAUCUUUGAAAAAUUUUAAAGUAGAUAUUAAAGAAAUUCGGAAGAAAUUCGAAACUUUAAACCCUGAAAGUGACAAAUCUACGGUUGUCAAACGAUUCUCAGCUUCUUAUGUUCCUGAAGCUCCUCUGCGGAAAAAUAGGGCAGAAAAUUUGUCUUUGAAAGGAAAUAAAUUCGCUAAGACUGAGCGCGUUUCUGAAACUAAAAAAGAAAUAUCUAUGUCAUCUCAUUCUAAAAUUUUAAAAAAUAACAGUGAACCGAUUUCGGUUAAAGAGAAAACAAAACUUUUUGAAUCAAAUGGAAACGACACUGAUGAUGCUCCAAAUAAAGAGCCAGUAAAAAACUUCUUUGAUACUAAAACGUUAGUUUCACGAGAUAGUUUUUCAAAUAUUAACUCAGAUCACAAAGACAUUGCAAUUCUCCUAAGUAAAGCUGCAAAAGACGAUCCACAAUUCAACAAACAUACUCCUCCUGCCAAACCUCCUAGAAGUUUUAAUCAUUCCAGUGUUAAGCAAGAGAGUUUAUCUAACGUUUCAAAUAGUAACAGUCCUUUUUCUAAUGAUAUUAAGACAAAGGGGAAAGACAAAAUGUCCGUCCGGAAUGAUGAUAAAUGUUUACAGUCAGUUAAAAAAACUGAUUCAUCUAAUAAAACUCCAGUUAAAGUUUUAACUAGUACAACCCCACAAUCGCAAAGAGUUUCGAAAAAAGCACAGGGAAUUGUCAAUUAUCUCAGAAAUAUAUCUACUACUGCAAAUAACAUUUGUGAUAAAGUCAAGCAAAAAAAUCCUAAAAUAUUUGUAGAUUUGACGCCAACAACAACUAGUCCACCCAAAAGAUAUGGAACUCUGAAGAGAAGUCUCAGCGAAGAGCAUAUUUAUGCAGAGCCAGCUUCUAUUCUAAAAGUGGAUACAGGUCAAAAAUCCCCAGAAAAUAAGGCAUUGGAGCAACCACUGCAUUAUAUGUGUACUCCUAUUAUUAAAGCUUAUCCAAACGAAGAAAAAACUGCUAAAAACAAGCUCAGCAGUCUUUCUAUGAGAAACAUGAUUUAUGAAUCAUUUUCGUCGCUUCGAGUGCAAGCAAAAGACAGCCAGGAUUCAUCAACCGAAAAUGGCCCAGAUGGGAGUGAUUCAGAAAUAUCAAUGAAGGCUAUUCAGGACAGAAUAAUUUAUGUUAAAUCUGUUAGAAAGCAGAUUUCUGCUUCUAGUAUGUGCCUUUCCCCGAAGCUGUUUGAAGCUUUGUUCAUCAUAAAUAUAUCUGAAAACCAGCCUGAAAUCACUUCAUCUUUCCCAUCAAAAAUCCCUGAGCUCUACAAUUAUCCUCUAUUGCCACACAUUUGUUUCCCUGAUGAUCAAUUGUACAAUUGUACAAAUGUGUAUCAAAGUGAGAUAUUUGAUUUUUCUCUUCUUGACAAAGAGGAAAAAGUUUUUGGAUACUGUCUAAGGAUAUUGGGUUGGCCAUCAAACAGCCUAGGAAAGAAUCCUCUAUGUGUAAAGCUUCCUGUUGCUAUUUGUAUAUUAAGUAGUUUCAGUGCAUCUGUUUUUUAUAAGAAAGUCCUAUCUGAAAUUGAGAAGCAUCUUACCUUACGUAGAGAAAAAUUCUACAAGUACUUAACAUCACUUAGAAAAUUAGGUGUUCCAAAUGCUGGUGCUAGCUUGUCAAUUCCUGAUUACACAGAAAGUGAAAUUGAAGAGAGAGUUGUCAUUUCAAGAGCUUUAGAUUCUCAUAUUGUUGGAUUUGAGCUGACACGAGCACUUCAGCUACUUGAUGUCGAUAUUCUUGUAAAAUCUGUUGCCUCUUUGCUUCUAGAAAGACGUCUCUUACUUGUUUCUUCUUCUUCAUGCAAUCUUUAUCAGUGUUGCAAAGCAAUAUCAUCCUUAUUGUAUCCUUUUGAAUGGCCUCACUUAAUCAUUCCUGUCCUACCUGCAUGCUUGAUUGUUUACUGUUGCUCAGAACUUCCUUACAUUCUUGGAAUUUCAAGCAAUAAUAUAAAUGCCGUUUUGGAUCUCCUUGUAGAACAAGAGUUGCUUGUCAUAGAUGUUGAUAAAGGAAUGAUUAUGAAAUCUUAUAAUGAUGAAGAAACUAUUUUGCCCCGAAAAGCUCAAAAAGGUGUACAUACAGCACUUAAUCUUGCCAAAAAUAUGACAGAUCCAACUGAAAUGCUGCGUGAUAUUAUGAUCUCUGAAGCUUUUGUGCACAUGUAUGUUGAGAUGCUUGGGCAUUAUGAAAAUCAUUAUGGUGAAUUAAAUGGAGAUCCAGUAUUUAAUAAAGAAGGAUUUCUUAAAAAUGGCUGCACACAAAACAUUCGUUCCUUCCUGCAGUGGUUUUCAGAAACUCAAAUGUUUGACACAUUCCUAGAAGAAAGCAAGUGGAGAAUGAAGUACAGAAAUAUCUGUCAGACACAAAUUCGAACUUUCUUUGAAAAAAGAAUUGAUGAAUAUAAAUGGGAAUUAUCACAUGAAAAUGAAAAAUUAUCUAAAAUCAUUGGGAAAACUGUCAAAAACUUGGAUUCAAUAGCUUUAAAAACUAGAAUUAGUGUUCCAAAAAUUUAA